UCUCUCUCUCUCUCUCUGCUUCUGAUGCCCUUUGUGUGUGGCGGGUUCAUUACAUGUCCUGUCACCACUCCAAUCCCUCCCUCCCUCCCUCCUCCUCCUCCUCCUCCUCCUCCUCGAUCAGCUUCAUAUAGUUGUUCUUCAAGCCAAAGGUAAAUAGAAUCACCUGAGAGAACUGGCCAAGAAAAAGGAAACCCAAUUCUCCUCAUUUUCACCCAUCAUCUCUCUCUAGCUAAAACCCUAGCUCCAUAGUCCACACAUGUAUAUAUAUCCAUGGUGGUGCUAGUAGCUAACUAGCAUAUGUAGGCUUAGGAAUUAUGUUGGGCUCUUUCAGCUCUAAUAAUUCCCAUGAAGAAGAGGAACAAGACCAUCAUCAUCAUCAUCAUCAUCACUCAAACUCGCCCUCAGAUCUGCAUCAUCAUCAGUAUCACCACCACCACCACCACCUCAUUCCCCACCACCACCCUCCACCUGCCCUCCCCUCUCCAUCUUCAUUCCCCACGCUGCCGUCCACGUCAUCGCCGUCUCCGUCGUCCUCUGUCAUUAACACCCGCCAAUUGCUCAUCACCUGCGCGGAGCUCCUCUCCCUCUCCAACUUCGCUGCUGCGCACCGCCUCAUCUCCAUCCUCUCCGCCAACUCCUCCCCCUACGGCGACUCCACCGAGCGGCUCGUCCACCAGUUCUCCCGCGCCCUCUCCCUCCGCCUCCACCGCUCCGCCGUGGCUGCCACCGCGCCCCCCAACAGCAGUUCCCUUCUUUUCCCUUACAGGAGCAACAGCAGCAGUACUGUCUUGGGAUUCAGCGUGGAUUCCACUGUUAGGCCCGGGCAGGGAUCGGACCCGAGCGUCCUGCAAUCGUGUUACCUAACCCUAAACCAGGUCACGCCCUUCAUCCGGUUCAGCCACCUGACGGCGAACCAGGCGAUUUUGGAGGCCAUCGAUGGACAGCGAGCCGUCCACAUAGUGGACUUGGACAUCAUGCAUGGAGUCCAAUGGCCUCCAUUGAUGCAGGCCAUUGUGGAGCGAUCAAGCACUAACGACAGAAAUGCUCUACUUCUCCCUCCGACGCUACGAAUCACCGGGGCCGGCCACGACCUGGAGGCCCUUCACCGCACGGGCGACCGGCUCUCCAAGUUCGCCCAGUCCCUGGGGCUUGAGUUCCAAUUCUGCCCCCUCCUGCUCCCACACGACGCCCUUUCGGUCGCCCUCCACGCGGCGAUCCCCUCGGAGAUCUCGGCCCUCCCUGACGAGGUCCUCGCCGUGAACUGCGUCUUGUGCCUGCACCGACUCCUGAAGGACAACGCGCGCGAUGUAUCGAUCUUCCUAAGGAAGAUCAAGGCUCUGAGGCCGAGGGUGGUGACGGUGGCGGAGCGGGAGGCGAGCCACAACCACCCAAUGUUCCUGCAGCGGUUUGUGGAGGCGCUGGACCACUACACGGCGGUGUUCGAUUCGCUUGAAGCGACACUGCCACCGAGCAGCCGGGAGCGGCUGGCGCUGGAGCAGGCGUGGUUUGGGCACGAGAUAGCGGACAUCAUCGGGGAGGAAGGCGAGCGGAGGCGGGAGAGACACGAGAGGUUUGAGUCCUGGGAGGUCCUGCUCCGAAGCUCCGGCUUCGUGAACGUGCCCUUGAGCCCUUUCGCUCUGUCUCAGGCCAAGCUGCUCUUGAGGCUCCAUUACCCAUCCGAGGGUUACCAGCUGCAGAUCAGGAACAGCUCUGUGUUUCUUGGGUGGCAAAGUAGAGCCCUCUUCACAGUCUCUUCUUGGCGCUGAUGAUCACUCACUCACUCACCAAUUCACAAUAUCAAUUGCUCAUCAAACCCUUCAUAUAAUUAUAACCCCACUUCGCUCUUUCUUUCCUUCUAUCUUGUAUAUUACAGUUUUAGAGAGGCUAUAGGCUCAAGCUAUCUCAAUCCCAGAAAAAUAGAGAGCCCAAAAGAAGCAAAAGAAAAGGAUGAGGGCUUUUGCUGAUUCGGAGAGGUUGUACCUGCGUGAAUCAAGAACCUCUUUAGAACUAGGAACAAGAAGAGUAGAAGCUAACUUUAGCUUAGUCUCAAUUUGAUCUACCA